GGACAGCGACAUGCAGACCUACACUGUGCUGCUGGCCGCCGUGUUGGCGGCAGCCGCCUUCGUGACCGCGGUGCGAGCGGCGCCCAUGGGCGGCGAGCCCGUGUACAACUACGCCAGGCCGGGGGAGAUCGACGCCGAGGACCUCGUGGAGCUGCUCAAGAGGAUAGCGGAGCUGCGGCGAGCGGAGCAGGGCGUGCCGCAGGAGGCGAAGCGCGGCAUGGACUUCGGCCUUUCUCGAGGCUUCUCCGGCGCGGGCGCCGCCAAGCACUUGAUGGGUCUGGCCGCAGCCAACUACGCAGGGGGCCCCGGACGCAGGCGACGCAGCGCCCCCGUCGCCACCGCCCCGGCCGCCCCGGCCGCCAUCGCCCAGGCCCAGAAGCUGUAGGGCCCCGCGGCCGCCCCGUACAAGGCCCCGUAGGCCGAGGCCUAGCCCCUGCUCCUCGCUUCGCUCCGCCGACAUGAAGGCCCUGCGCCAGGGCCGCCAGGGUUCCCGACAACGCUGUAGCACCGCGGCCCGCCGCCCCCGCCGCCACGCCCGCCACGCCCCGCCACGGCCUGCCCCCAGGCACCGGCUGUUCUCUCGGCUUUCGUCCUAGUUUUCUGCUGUUUCAUUCCUAACCAUUUAGUGAAAAUUGAUUAAACUAUUUAAAAAUGCAAGCGGCGGCGAGACCAUUCCAGUGGCCGCAGGUCGGCGUCGCGGCGAGGGCGACGCCUCGUCACGGUGGCCAUGGCGGCCGUGGUGGCCAUGGCCGCCGCCAGCGACGACCGCAGCCACACCGCGACGGCGACCUCGGGGACCCUGGCACUCUGGCCGGGCUGUCCUACGUGUACGCACUUGAUGAAUUUAGAAUCAAGUUUAGUCCCCACUGUUAGUUUCAGUUUAUCUUGUUGCGGGAACCCGUCCCCCUCCCCCGGUCUUCCCUGAGUGCCACGUUGCCGAUAGGCUGAGGAGCCAGGCUCGGGCAGACCAGACCCCACCCCCUUACCCUGAAAUAGGUUCUUCAUUCAUUCAGUCUAGAUGAUACGGUAAGAUUUGCACCCCGCCACUGCGGGACCGCGUUGGGGAAGAGCGAGCCCUUCGGGCCUUCGGCAAUGAAUCUACUGAAGAAUGCGUUGGAUCUGCGCCUUGAUUCUGCACACGGCUCUCGUCGCUCCGUCUCUAUCGCACUCACUGUGCAAGAGAGACAGGCGAAGACGGCAGGGUUCUCGAUCAAACUCCGGGGAGCUCUUCCCCAUCUCGUCCCCUUGGGCGCGUUGAGGGUGCACGGGUAGCGGUCCUAUCGGCAUAGUACGAGCUCAUGUAUUUGCAAAUGGGAACUCGGUUCGUGUAACUAUCCAUUUUGUUUCUAUUUUUUCUGUGGUAAUAUUUAGUACUGUAAAAACAAAGUGUGUGGGUCUAAAGUCGGCAACCCCUGCAAGUGCCCCUGCCUAAGUACCCAGCAGGUGAGCGUGAGCGUCCGGAGCCCUGCGGCGGUUCGGGCGCGGGCACUGCCAUGGCAGUACACUGCAAGCUGUGAGCGUCGCGGCGGGGGAGUCGGCUCAGAGGCACCCGGAAACCAACUCCCGGGAGUGACCUGGCAAGAACCUGGUCCAGCAGAGUCUAUUGCAGAGGGACUUUAGAUGAAAUUUAUUAAGAUUUUGUUUAUUCUGAUCAAAACUUUAUAUUCUACUCGUAGUUAUCUCUGGAGGGUGAUGCAGCACAGACGCGCGCUGCGAUAUAUUUUUCAAAGAGGAAUGGAUAUAUCUGAGGGCUUUUAGGGAGGCCUUGUGAGUGUGACGAGCCACCUAGAACGGUUGUUUCAUUAAAUGCUAAUUAUGUGUAAGUUAUGUUUUGAGUAAAUGUAUUAGGACCUAGUAGCUAAACUAGUAUGAUCUGAGUGUAAGUACAAAAGAGGCCUAUGUCAUCAGACUGUAGCUAGAUUGUUGCAGAAUUUCACUUUUAAUAACUUCCUUUUAGUCAUGCACCUGUUUGGUCUGUUCAAUUCAAAUCAGAAGUAGAUCUCUCGUGUACCUCCACCUACACUGUCAAUAAAAGAUUCCAACCGCUUCAUCA